AUGGGAAAUACAUUUGUAAAGCCGGUAGGCGCGUCGAUCAAUGGGUCAUUGAUGUUAGAAGAAGCUGCUCUCGGCACACACAUGAUAACACCUGCCGAUACAGCAUCCGGUACGGUAUCCGAUACUGCCACCGAUACACCUCCGAUACAUUUGAAUAACACCCCGUUGGGAAUUCAUCAAUCCUUUCUAGGGACUACGAAUGUUGAGAGAGGCGGUUCCUCUUCGCAACGGGCAGCGGUCACGCUCCCCCAUCUGGGGGCGGCCUUGGCGACAGGGUACGCCGCGCUUCUAUUUGCUUACUCAAAUACAACAUGUCGCAGCAGUACAGAAAAAGAAGAAAGAUCGCGCUCGCCUGUUUACCAUGUCGUGCGCGAAAAAUCCGCUGCGAUGGCAUUGAGCCCAGCUGUGGCUCAUGCAAGCGACGGGAGACCUCGUGCUCUUAUCCCGUGGAAAGUGUCAGGAAAGCUCAAGAUAACCAGUAAGACCCUGCUGUGGAUUGUGGACGAAGCUUCGGGCCAACUGUACUUGUCAUUUUCAGCUGCGUCUGCAAGAGCCACCCACAUUCCUGCGUCUGGAAGCCCACUUGCUUCAGUAGAACCUAGAAUUGGACAGAGUACACCAGGUGGUGUCAGUCAACAAGGUAAUAUGAAUAACGAUACCGCUGACUCUCGGAGCAUGCCUUUGCGAGCACACACAGAGGAUGGUCCCACUGCUUUCCCUCAAAAUGCCCUCAUGAGCAAUGACGGAUACAAUGCCUCUAAUCUUAGAACAAGGCAUGCCUCGGGCUUCCGGAGUUCUAGAGGAAGCCAAAGUCGAAUCACCGCAAUGGGCAUAACACCCGACGGACCCUUCGGCUUGUCAGAGAGCGAGGACGAGUUCUUUGGUGAUUCAUCAGUCGCGUCUUUUCUUAAACAGAUCAAAGAAUCUGCAACAACAGAGCCUGAACGAGGAAGAUCGACAGCAUAUCCGGUUCCGAGUGCGACUUUUGGCACACCGUCAAUUCCAAUACCACCAGUGGCUGAUAAUAGUCUGAGUGUCAAAGCCUACGAUCUACCACCACGACAACUGGCGGACUAUCUUUUAAAUUUCUAUUUCGAUAAAAUCCACAGUCUGUAUCCAUAUGUUCAUAAACCAAACUUUCUUCGCGCUUAUAGGCGCUUAUGGACGCCAGAUACGGAAACAGACACAGAGACCAUCUCGUCCGGACUGGGCUUAGGAGAUGCCUACGUGCCCCCGGCACUGUUUCAUUGCGCACUGAACAUAAUAUUUGCUCUUGGAUGUCACUUUUCUAAAUUAGAUCAUACAGCGCGGCAAGCUACAGCGGAGGAGUUCUUUCAGCGUUCGCAGCGACUAUUGAAUGUGAUGUCACUUGAUAAAGGUGAUUUAGCCCUAGUACAAACCUUACUAUUGACGUCGCAAUACUUGCAAGGAGGCGAAUCUCCAUCGAGAUGCUGGAAUAUAAUCGGUCUUGCUUGCAGAAUCGCACAAUCUCUCGGUAUGCAUUCUCUCAAGGCAGAUAGGACUAGGACACCUGCCCAAAUACAGAUGAGAAGGCGCAUCUGGCAUGGAUGUAUAAUGCUUGAUUUGGCAAGUAGUAUGAUGCUGGGUCGUCCUCCCAUGACUCAUUCUUCCGCAGUACCUCUUCCAGAAGCUAUCGAUGAUGCACUUCUCGAUUCGACCACAGCAACCUGUCAAUCGCCAGCGGGCACGCUUUCCAAAGCUGAAUUCUAUGUCAGAACUCUACAGUUAUACAAGAUACUCAGAAAGAUACUAUAUGAUGUCUAUGAGCCUUGGGAGGACAGGUGGUCUCCUGAUCAGUCAGAACGACCAAAGUCCGAGAAUGAGUUAGCACAGACCUUGCUCAGUUUAGAUGAGGAGCUUUUGGAAUUUGAAUCAAGUCUCCCAGCGGCUCUACAAUGGCGUGAUGCACAGCAGCCCGCUGGUGUGGCUGGACCAUUCCGUCGUGAAAGCAGCCUGUUGAGGGGAAGAUUUCUUCACCUGAGAAUCUUGCUUCUUCGUCCUACGCUUGUCAAGUUCUGCCGUGACAAUUUGCCACCGCGUCAAGCGGCCGGCUAUCCUCGACCCCAACAAGUACCGUUGAAAAGCAGAAUAGCCGUGGAUUUCGGUAUCAGCUGCUCGACGUCAUGUAUCGAGACUGCGAUUGAGCUGUCGCAUCUUAUGAAUGAAAUUUCGACGACUGAACUGGCAAGUGUGUGGUGGUACAAUGUUUUUUAUGCUUUUACGGCUGGCGUUGUUCUUAUACUGGCACAGGCAUCCCCUGCUAUGAAGUCUAGAUUUUCUCAACCAGUCUUGGGCAAUGCUUGGAAGAGCUGCUGUGACUGCUUGGAAAACAUGGACCUGUACAGCAACACCGCCAGAAACUGCGCCACCAACCUGCGGAAGACCCUAUCUCAAGUGCUAGGCGGCCAAUGGCAUGAAAAUAGUGUGCAUAUUGAGAAAACUGAGCCUCAAACUACAGACCGACACAUGGGCGAUGAUGUAAAUUUAUCUACAGCACCGAAUAUCUUCGGUCUCGAUGGAUCAGAGGUUGGGGAUGGUUCCAGCCAAGGCGCUCUAGAUACUCAAUUCUCUGAGGCAUUGGACUCUCUCUGGAGUGGAGAUGAUGUGAAUAAUUCUCUGAUGGAGAUGCUAUGGGAUGACCUUUGGUUGGCAGCGCCAUCAUUCUUCUGA